AUGGCUGCUAACUUUCCAAAACAAAAUCGUAGCACUCAUAUCUUAUCUGCUAGUCGUGAGAUUUGUCGAACCAUUAAACAAAGUGAUGCUGAAAUGAGACAAAAAUAUCCUUUUUUAUACCAUCAAGAUGUUAUCUGUGCAAUAAUAUUCGCGGGUUCACUGUUGCUAAUAACCUUAUUUUCUUAUCUAUAUAUCUCAAGUUUUAUUUCAGCAAUAUGGACUGUUAUGUUAAUAGCAUUAGUAUUAUCUUUGUUACACGAGUUAGAACAUGACAUUAUUCAUAAUUUAUAUUUUAAGUCACAUAGAUGGAUUCAAAACUGCAUGUUUAUAGUCAUUUGGGUUGCUAAAUUACAUGUUUCACCUUGGUAUCGUCGUCAGUUACAUUUGAAACAUCACCUUUUAUCUGGCCAAAUAAACGAUGCCGAAGAAAGAUUGAUUGGAUUAGGCUUAUCACCAAAUUACAAAAGAAUGGCCGUUAGUGUACAUCCUUUCGGUGGACUUUUGAUCAGCGAUGACAUUAGUAAAGAUGCAAGAUAUCUAAAUCUAUUUACUCUACAACUUCACAAUGCUCUGAUGGGACUUACAUCUUUCUUUAUUCUUCAAACUUUCGUCGGCUACAAUGUCUUUUGCUUUUUUUAUUCCUGCUUAGAUUAUGAUAUCAAUACGCUAAUUGGCUUUCAUACAUGUUAUCCUAUUAUUCGCACAUUAGCAGUUUGCUUAUGCUUUCCAAAUGUCCUCAGACAAGGUUGCUUAGUAAUGAUGUCUAAUUCCUCUCACUAUUAUGGUGAUAUACCUUUGAAUACUGUAUAUUAUCAAAAUCAAAUAUUAGACUCUUGGUUUUUAUUUCCUUUUCAAUUAUUUUGUUUUAAUUUUGGCGCAACACACAUUGUGCAUCAUUAUGUACCUUCACAACCCUUCUACAUUCGACAUUUUACGGCGAAAUCAGUGAAGCAUACCAUGGUGAAGUUGGGUGUGCGUAAUAAUGAUUUUGGUAUAUUGUGGAGAAAUAAUCAUUAUACAAUUGACACAAGAGAGGAUGAGAAACAAAGAUUGUAUGGCAAAUGUUGGUUUGCUGCAUGUCUAUUCUUAGGAUUUCCUUUAUACAUUUUGUGGGAUUUAAUGAUCUUCGAAAAAUUCAAUAGAAAUGUAAUUCAAUUUAUUAGAGAACAAUUAUUAAAGCGAAAUAUUAAAAGACGUGAUACUACUACUAAUAAUAGUGAGCUAAAAACAAAUGAAAAAGUGAUGGACGCAAAUGGCUCAACAAUGAAUGAUGAUAUGCAAAAAUUAAAUGCAUUCGUUAAUCAAAUUGCACUAUACGAUGUGUCAGCAGAUCAAAUUGAAGAAGUUAAUACUAAAGCUGCUUAA